AUGGACGUAAAUGGUACUGCGUCUCGAGCGUUUCCUACUUCAUCUCCAGAUACAUCGACACCUGGAACCUCAUCUCCAUUAUCUCCUGUACCAUCACCUUCUUUUUCACGCUCUGAAAGUCUCAAGAAGCUUCACAAUGGCGUCUCCAACACUAUUGACGGGAAAAAGGCUGUAUCAUCACAUAAACCGACUUUAAAGCCGCAAUUACGAGCGCCACCACGACGAAUGCGUAGUGGUAGUGGCAGUGGUAGCAACACGAGCUCCAGUGGCAAGAAACGCGAGUCUGAUGGCCUUCGAAAGACCAAUAUUAACAUGGGAAUUGUCGUUGGAACCAUGAGACGGAGGAAUCGAUUAAGUUUACGGACAAUCUCUCUCUCGGACGAAGAAGAUGAGGAUAAAGUGAAUGUGCCAUUACGAACUACACCGACCAUGGCAUUAAGACGUGGUAAGAGACAGACGAGUCUCCGUAAUAUGGCGUCGCUUGUGCGCUCGCAUCUCAGUAGCAGCAAAAGUCUUGCAGAUUGUACGAAUAAAAGUGCAAAUGGAGAGGCAAAAGAUGAUCCAGCAGCUGCUGUAAAUACUGAUGCUGAUGUUGAUGAGAAACCGGUGCUGGAACGCAGCAACUCGUCGUUUGCGGGGCUUGCGCAGCAAUUGGUGACGUCCAGACGCGCAGCAAAAGGAUUUUUAUCCAUGUGGGCUCGAGAUUCUACCGACACAGUGCAUGUUUAUCGUGGUAUUCAUAUGGAAAAGAUGAAGCUUGAUUUGGUGAGUGUGGCGUCCGAGUAUAAAGAGAUUAAGCGGAGACAGUUUUAUCAAGAACUCGUGGUCUACUUUGUGUUCCUGACACUACUCUUUUCGUUGCUGUCGUGGUUGCCAGUGCAAGAUAGUUUCUAUCAGAACGAUGUGGUGGGGGCUCUUACUUGCAAAGAAGAAGGCGAGUGUGAAAUCAAGACCUUUGCCGAUAUCUACAGUUAUGCUGGCAAACUGAAAGAAACGGUUUGUGACCGUCAAGAUGUUACAGCGCAAUGGGUUCGUAUUGGUGGAGUAGGGUUCAGACAGGUGCGUGUCAAGGAGCAACGCUGCCGGGUUUACGAAGAAUGGGUGGCGCCGUGUUACCCGUUUUACAGCACCGACGUCGAGCAGAAAACUACUCUGUUUGGAGAAAAUGGUACUGGGCGUGUGUAUGAGUGGAGAGAUGGGUUAGGCGAGUUAUCUCCAGAGAUUUCGCGGUCGUUCAUUGACUGGUUAUUCUUUGCUCCCAUUAAGUCGUACGGCUCAGGUGGUUAUGCAGUGGAUUUAUGCGAGUUGGAGGACGUAAGUGAGCUCCAGCGUGACAUCUUUCUCUCCGAACAUACACGGGCCGUGGCGUUUAACUUCAUUUUGCUGAACCCGGUCACUCGUGUUUUCACUAUUGGAAUGCACGUGAUCAAAAUUGAUCCGUCUGGCCACCUCGACCACUUUGCGCACAGUUCCCACGUCCGAGUGAUUGGCCACGAGAAGACGGAGCAGUUUGCAUUCACUGACCGUGACAAAAAACCUCCUCAGCUCCAGCUUCACCAGAGAAUUUUUAGCGCGAUAGGUAGUUCAGUGUCGUCGCUGCGCGAAGCAUUUGAUGUGCGCGUUUUGCUGUGGAUUGCACUGGUUUUAUUCUUCAUCACAUACUGUAUUGGUGAGGCAACUGAGAUGAGUACAAUGGGUGUGGCAACAUACCUUGGAUCGGACAUGUGGAAUUUGUUUGAGCUUACGCACUUGGUGGUGCUGGCCGCCAUAUUAAGUUAUAUGGUGCAUUACUGCAUAGCAUCCAGCACCUUUGCAGAGUACUUAAGAGACUUGAGAGGAGGUCGUGGUGUAGAAGAGCUUAGCCAUUCAAGUUCUCUGGGACUUUUGACCGGGUUCCAACAGCUCUCCGAUCUUGCAUCACUGGGGUCUGCAAUUAGCUUGCUUAAGGUAUUUAAGUUCUUACGCAUGAAUGCGACGCUGAACUUGCUUUGGCGUGUGUUGGGUAUGGCUAUGAGCGACCUUAUGGGCUUUCUUGUCAUUUUUAACCUUAUCUUUUUGGGAUACUCAGCCAUGGGCAGUUACGCCUUUGGCUAUGCUCUUGAAGAAUACUCGACGAUCAGCAAGUCAUAUGGUACUUGUUUCCAGAUGCUGGCUGGUGAGAUGGACUACACGCGACUGCGUCAGGCAAACCCUCGAAUUGCACCGAUAUUUAUCGGCACCUUUGUGGUCUUGGUAUUUCAGAUCCUUGUAAACAUGUUUGUUGCGAUUUUGUCCGAAUACUACGAAGUCGCAACGAAUGAUGAGAGUGCCAGCGGGGAUGAUGUCGAGUACGAUGUGCUUGCGCGUAUCCGUAGCUUUGUAAGUGCGUGCUCGCCAACAGUCGUUGUGCCCAAGGAUUACGGCGUUAUUCGUCUCAUUCCCUGGCAACAAGUACGCCUUAUUUCAACGAACCUUGUUGAUCAAGAAGAGACACGCCAACGUGUAAGGAAGCUAUUUCGCGGUGCGGUUUGGCGCGUUGUUGCCUUAUUGCGCUUUGGAAUGAAGUUUGACCGCCGCAUCCAAUUUGGCGAUCGCAAGACACACGAUGGAAGUGCACACAAUAGCAAUGGCGGGGGCUCCGGCAAGGAUAGUCGUGAACUGGUAUCGCAUAUUCGAUUAUCUGAAAACUUUGAUCACAAGACCAUCAAGGAAAUGAUACCGAUCGGUAUCACAAUUCGACUACAGACAGAUUCCAUACUCGGUGACGGCCUCGCGCUAAAAGUUGUCCAUCACAGCAAACUAUCCGUGGAGUGCAUUGUUUUAGGUCCUAAUGAAAUGGAGAGUGCUGGCUUUGGAAUGAACUUUACUGGAAAGCUGAAGUGUGCACCAACUGCAUUCGCGCCACCUCGCUCUAUCUCUUCGUUGGGUUCGUUCGAGGACGAUUCUGACUAUGACGAUGGCACACCGCGAGAACGUGUUUUGGAGUUAAUAGGUGGUGAGAAAUUGCGAAUUCCAAAACGGAGACUCGCGGUGCACUUGUGCCGUAUCAUGUUGCAGGAGCUCAAAAUGGGUCUGAUGCGUGCAACAAAGUUGUGGAACUAUUCCAAAGACCACAUGGUGGACGAUUAUCAUCUCGAACUGCUAUUUGAAAGUGUUCGCGCGGAUGGUCGUACGAGUCUACGCUUUGAUGAGAUUUCUCGCAUGUUGGACCUGUUCCUGCGUAAGGAUAAGCGCAAAGCAAUGUGCUCGCAAGCGGAAGUGCAGCGCGAAGCCCUUCAGGUAAUGUACCGUUUCCGUAAAUGCCUGAUUGACAUGCCGUCUCGUGAAAAAGAAGGCCACAACUACCGCCCAAAGCCUGUCGACACGUCCAAGGUGGAACUAGGUCAUCUUGAGCAUCUAGGUGAUGUCCUGGCUCGCAACUGUCAUGACAUGUGGGCACUUGAACGUCUCAAACAAGGAUGGCUGUACGGCAUCCAGCGUGAUGACAAGAACAAGAAACAUCCUAACCUUGUUCCCUACAAGUUGUUAUCCGUGGAAGAGCAAGCUUUUGACUACCGGUCGUCUAUUGAGACGAUCAAGACGAUUGUCUUUAUGAACUACGCGAUCACGCGUACAAGCCACUCGCACAGCGGUUCGUUCCAUGAAGCUAUUUCGCGGUCAGCUUCCAUGAUGUCGGAUAUCGCUGAUGGCCUGGGUGAAAGUAAUAGUUCACUUGUUAGUGCUGGCUCGGAUUCGACAAGUCCUCGAGCUAAUCGUUUGGCUAUAUUCGAGGAGUUGGGCACUGCCUCUCAUCCUGGAGCACCAACCAAGCCUGUGCCGUCAUUGCUGCGCGAGGCAAUGAGUUUCCGGCGCAAUAGUCUUAUGGGCGAUUCUCCGUACUUUACAACCUACGGAGAGGGAAAUGUAGAAGUAUACCGUCCUCUGCCUAUUGAUACGACAACUGUCGAGUUGCCUCCAAGACUGUUGCGUCUUGUUGAUCUUUUAGCCGAAAACGCGCACGAGGUUUGGGCAAAGGGUCGUAUGGAUGAAGGCUGGACGUAUGGCCCGCAGCGUGAUGACAGCUCGAAGAAACAUCCGUGUCUCGUUCCGUAUGUGUUCCUCACGGACGAUGAAAAAGAAUAUGAUAUCAACAUCGCCAAAGAGACCCUCAAGACUUUGAUGGCGAUGAAAUUUACGAUUCUUGACCGCCCGAGCAAGUAUUGA